CCAAGCCGCCUGAGGAGGUUUUGGCGGCGGCGGCGGCCGGCGACAUGGACAACGUGGGGAAGGAGCGUGAGGCGGUGCAGCUGAUGGCGGAGGCUGAGAAGCGAGUCAAGGCCUCCCACUCCUUCCUCCGAGGGCUGUUUGGAGGAAACACGAGAAUAGAAGAGGCUUGUGAAAUGUAUACCAGAGCUGCAAAUAUGUUCAAGAUGGCUAAAAAUUGGAGUGCUGCAGGAAAUGCGUUUUGUCAGGCAGCCAAGCUCCAUAUGCAGCUUCAGAGCAAACAUGAUUCUGCUACCAGCUUUGUGGAUGCUGGGAAUGCUUACAAAAAGGCAGACCCUCAAGAGGCUAUCAACUGCUUAAAUGCAGCCAUCGACAUUUACACAGACAUGGGAAGGUUUACAAUUGCGGCCAAGCACCACAUUACCAUUGCUGAGAUCUAUGAGACUGAACUUGUAGACAUCGAGAAGGCUAUUGCACAUUAUGAACAAUCAGCUGAUUAUUACAAAGGAGAAGAAUCCAACAGUUCAGCUAACAAGUGUCUGCUGAAGGUGGCAGCAUAUGCUGCCCAGCUUGAGCAGUACCAGAAAGCCAUUGAGAUCUAUGAGCAGGUUGGGGCCAACACCAUGGAUAAUCCUUUGUUGAAGUACAGUGCAAAGGAUUACUUCUUUAAAGCAGCCCUCUGUCACUUCAUAGUGGAUGAGUUGAAUGCCAAGCUUGCUCUUGAGAAAUAUGAGGAAAUGUUUCCAGCAUUUACUGAUUCAAGAGAAUGUAAAUUAUUGAAAAAACUUCUAGAAGCUCAUGAAGAACAGAACAGUGAAGCUUACACUGAAGCAGUGAAGGAGUUUGACUCAAUAUCUCGUUUGGAUCAGUGGCUUACUACCAUGUUGCUUCGUAUCAAAAAAUCCAUCCAAGGGGAUGGAGAAGGAGAUGGAGACCUCAAGUGAAAUGUUUUUGUCUUUGUGGCAUGCAGCUAAACUCCUCUUUAGUUUCAUCCUAGGGCCAAGUGAUCUUUAUGGAAUGCCCAUUUAAUGGCUUAAUUUUGUGCACAUGAGUGAAACGAUCUGUCUGUUGUUUAAGCUCCCAGUGUUUGUGUCACUGUGAUGUGGGCAGAUGGGAAGCUCCUGUGCAUAUUGUGGAUGUGAUGGGCUAUUUCACGCUUUUCAGAGUUCCCAGAGUUUUCUGAGAACUACUGCAGAAUUGUAUUCCCGUUAUUUUGAUAUUUGCAGAGCCCAUGUUUAGUUUUGCCACGUUCUUAUAUCCUUUUUCUUGUACUUAAGUACCCCACCCAUAUGUUCUGAUAAAUGCUGUGCAUAUUCUCUGUUAAUUUGCAUCUGGUUGUAUUCUCUAAAUGUAUGUGUUUAGGAUGGUUGUUAGGAAUGAGUUUAUGACUUUCCUCAGAAAUUUGAUGUGUGUGUGUGAUCUUGUGAUUCUUUGGUGGUGCUAGUGGCUAGUCUCUUUGCUUUUUAUGUUCUGUAUGCUAACAUGCAUGUGAAAAUUCAGAACAGCCAGGGUCUGCUGGCAUCACUUACGUUGUGCGAAAGGGGAGCUUCUUGGCAGUGCUUAGUUCUGUGUGUGGAUGAAUGUCAAGAUGGGUUUGACUGAUUGUACUUACACACACACACACACA